GCUUCUUUAAAUUACCCAUAUGAUAUCAUCAGUAAGAAUAGGGGUGAAUAUCAACAAAAUUAAUAAAGUCUGGUCUGCUAAUGUGGUGCAACGCAUAUUAAUGCUAACGGAUCAUCAAAAGUGACAACGAUCAACCAGGAAAUGAGCACUAGACCAAGCCCAGCGCCGCUCAAACGAUCUUUUGACGGAUUCUUUAAUGCUUGGCUAACGUUGCGGAGUCAGGGUCACGAGAAACCGCUCCGCAAUGCACUGUAUAAUGUGAUGAUGGUGGCUAUUGUUGCGGUGGUCAUCGGUGUCACAUUGGUGUUGGCCCCUUUCUUUAAACCGCUUCUAUGGGCUUUCCUAUUUGGCGCUGUUCUGUUUCCUGCCAAGAAGCGUUUAGCUGAAGGAUUGAACCACUGGAUCGAACAAAUUGAAAAAGAUGAACGGUAUUUAGUUUUGGGAAUUUUGGGGGCUCCAGUACAGGGUGUAAAUUCCUUUGGAGAAUUUUUGACUGAGUGGUUGAUAGGACAUUUCAGGAUUAUUGGAAUUGGUUGUGGUGUUCUCGUAUCACUACGGUUGAUUCUUUGGUUUGCGCCCACCGAGAUUUUUUUCUUACUUUGGAAUUUCCUUGUAUGGAAUCAUUCACUGUUUAAGGAUAUACUGAGUUCCUUAACAUUACAAAUGUUAUUGUUUAUUAUCAUUUUGUACAUUGUCAGUGUAUGCAUGCUAUGGAAAGUAGAGUUUUCAACACCAUUCCUAAUUAUUGGCCAAAUGUUAUGGGUUCUGAUAAUUGGAUAUGGGUGCAGCUUCUUAGGCGCGUUACAAGUACCUGUAUUCUUGGGCUUACUUACGUAUGGUGCAAUCGGCCUUAUUUAUAAUCUGCAGCAGGAUGAGAAAAAUGUCCGUUUUAUCGACAAAUGGCACAGUCUGUUGGAUGCCACAAGUUACCGUUUGGAUGAAAGUAAAAUAGAAUCUGCUCCCGCGCCAACACUAGAUGACUCAAUACGGGUGGAAGAAAUUAAAUCAAAACUGCAGCUGAAUGUUACCACUCCACGGUUAUCAAGUACAUUGAAUGAUUCGCAUAAAAGUGUCAAAAACCAAGAAUCAUUGGAGUCAGAUAUGUAUUUUAGAAUACUAUUUUACAGUUGUAUCGCAACACUAAUUUGGAUGCACACAUGGAUUCUUUUUCUUGGUAUCAUACCGAUGACUUUGCACUUGGUCAAACGUUUAUCGGAAGUUCUUGGAAUUGUACAAUGGAUUACUCAAAGUCUAGAACAGAAUUGGCAAAAGCUAAGAAUGUGGCUAUUUCCGCGGCACGCGGCACUUUUGCCUCUUUGUCUACCAGGGAUACUCAAAAUGAACUGCAACAUCCACUGGUAUAUUUGCGCCAAAUUACGUUCUUAUAUAGAUGAUAUCAGUUCAAUCGUCAUGAUUGGAUUCCUAAGCAUAUUGGUUAUGCUAAUCAGUAUAUUCGCAUUUACCCAAAUAUAUUCAGAAACUAUCGCAGUAGCACAACUAGGCAGCAAUCUAGUGAAUCGAACUUUGGCACAUCAACCAGAAUUGAUAGAAAUGUUACCUAUUGAUAUGCAAUCAAUGGAUAACAUUAUUGAUAAUGCGUAUAAAUAUGGCCGAUCACAUAUUGAACAAUAUGUUGACGAUAUUUUUAAUGACACGGAUCCGACUCAAGCCAAAAAACUUAAAUGUCAAAUCUUAAGUGUCUGGGACAGAAUUAUUCAGAGCUGGAUGGAUAGGAACAACGGUGAUGGUUUGGUUGGCCCACGAGUUAAUAGUCAAUCGAUUAAAGUUACAAUCGAUGAAAUUUUUAUCAAUCCUAUUACGAAAGCUGGAAUUAUAGGAUUCGUGAAAAGCAACUUUGGAAUGCUGGUGGAAGUUUCGGACUCACUUUGGAUGCUUUUGAGAACUAAUCUAACUUUGUUAGCAUCUGCAGUCGGAACAUUAGUAUCUGUGAUUCUGGGUGGUGGCCAUGCCGUAUUAAAGUUUCUUUUUCAUACUAUAAUUUUCUUCACAACUUUAUUUUAUCUACUGCAAAGCAGCCAAGAUCGUUAUGCUCCAACGGCUAUAACAAUAAACAAUUCAUGGGGUCCUCGUAUUAUCCAAGCGCUAGAAGAUUCUAUUUCUAGUGUAGUUGUGGCUACUCUUAAACUGGCUUUAUUUCAUGGAUUGUUUACAUGGCUUACCCACACGAUCUUCGGUGCUCAUAUAGUCUAUUUACCGGCGGUAUUGGCUUCGAUCCUAGCAGCUGCCCCAUUUCUGGAGACUUAUUGGUGUAGCGUUCCAGCUUUCCUUGAUCUUUGGUUAUCACAAGAUCGGUUUUGGCUUGGAAUUAUUCUCGUGCUUAUACAUUUUAUUGUUCCGUCCAAUUUUAAUCCAAUUAUACAUUCGGAAAUUAAAGGAGGUGGUCAUCCAUAUUUAACUGGACUAUCAAUUGCUGGCGGAAUGUACCUAUUUGGUUUGGAGGGUGCAUUGCUUGGACCGCUUUUGCUUUGUCUACUAGUUGUACUUUUUGAGGUAACCGUGAGUGCCAUAAGAGAUUCUCCAAUGACACCGCAGACUAGAAAGUCUAGUUUAGACACCAAUAAUGAGCUUUAUUCUCCUGCAACUACCCUCAACUGUCGUUUCGACGCUUUUCCGGCGAUGAUGGGAGCGCCCCUGACUGGAGCAGCAAAUGUGAACUAAGCGGUGGUGAUGACAGUGUUGAACACGAUACCAACA